UUGAUCCUCUUGAGUCUUGACCAUCCUCGCCUCCUCGGAGCAAAUUAGCCAUGGCAGGCAACCUCAAGCUGAUCUGUAUGGCCAUCGCUCUCGCUGCCUCUGCGUUACUCUUCGCUACCCCACAAGCUGAAGCAUGGGAUACAGACAUGGUGCCCGUAUGGUCACCGGAGCACAUCUUGACGGCGAUCCCGGGUGGCGCCGCGGCAGGGACGAUGGUGGCGGGUGCUCCUGUGUGCCUCCAGUGCCGGUGUUGCUCCCGUUCUAACUCGAGCAAUUGCCAGAUCACCAACUGCUGCUCCGCCUUCAACUGCGGCGCUGCCGGGAAGUGCAACGUUGUGCAACAGAAGUGCGGCUGCGAUGGCUGCUAACCUGUUUUGUUUCUUGAGCGGAACAACGGCUGCUAAUCGGCCGGUCAUCAUCGUCACCGACUAGUGCAUUUUUUUUAGGGGAACCGACUAGAGCGAUUGUUUCUAGGUAGUGUUGGCAGACCUCAAAUGGCAUAACUACUAGGUUACUGGGCCUGAUGGAGCCAAACAAUGGUGU